UGAGCGGGCAUGUGGCCCAUCCUUCGCAGGGGAUGUGCUGGGCGAAGCGACUCCCGAGUCAUCCGGGCUCCCCCCUCCCCGAAACCCUGGGCAGGCUGAAGGAACGGUUAAUUCAGGGCUUUAUCCGCAAACACUCGCGGGCUAAAAAUAUCCCUCCCGCGGGCAGCACCAUUCCCGGCCAGCGCCGUGCUGGGAGCUUCCUUGCCUUUUUUGACGGGAUUGUGGCUUACGACGGGGCAGCGCCUGGGCUCCCGGCUGAGAUUAGCAGAGAAACCCGGCUGCCGGGGGACCCGGAGGGAUGGAUGAGGGACCAGGGAUGUCACCUCGGUGGCCGUGAUGUCCCCGCUGGAGAUGAGUUUCCUCCCUCCUUGCUGACGACAGAUGCCGCCGGGGGCCGGGCGCGGCGGUGGGGUGGCGGGAUGCCACGGCUGAUGGCCCCUCGCCGGAGAUAGGCAGCGCUCGGUGGGGCUGCCCAGCUGCCCCCCGCGCUGGGAGACCCCCGGCCCAGCCGGUGCUGCGGCCAUGGAGGGCUCGUCGGUGCUCAGCCCUUCCUCAUGGGAGAAGCGGCGUGCGUGGGCCAGGCAGAGCCGGUGCUGGCGGACCACCGUGGUGGAGGAGGAGGCGGCCGCCGCCAUGCAGGACGUCCCCGAGCUGCAGCCACCCCACUUGGAUGACGUCUUCCUCGAAGGAAGCCCCUCCAGCAAGAUAGAGACGUGGCUGCAGGAGUGCGGGUCAUCGGUGGAGGUCCCACUGGAGGAACUGGGCUUGCCGGGCCCCUACGCAUGUGGCAGCAACGGGACCAGCUUUGAGGAUGACUUGACCCUGGGAGCUGAAGCUCUUUUGCUACCGGGGAGCGACAAGGCCACGGGCAGAGCUCUGCGGGACAAGCACCUCAACCUGGGGCACAGCAUGGCAUCCAGUGCCCUCUCCAGCUUCACCACCAAGACCAGCUCCAGCAUCUCCGAGGUCCUGGAGUGGUGGCAGGCGGACGCCGAGGAGAUCCUCUACAACCUGGGCUUCGUGCAGAGCGAGCCGGAGGCCGUGGCCCGCAUCCCCCCACGCUUCUUCUCGGCUCCUUCCCGUGCCAAAGGCAUCGACUUCCAGCUCUUCCUCAAAGCCCAAGUGCGGCGCAUGGAGAUGGAGGAUCCCUGCCUGAUGCUGGCCAGUCGCUUCCAGCAGGUCCAGGCUCUGGCUGUGACCGCCGACGCUUUCUUCUGCCUCUACUCCUACGUCUCGCGGACCCCCGUGCAGCGCAUCUCCCCCUCCCGCCUCGCCUGGGCUUGUACCGACAUCCCCGAUAUCCGCGUCGCUCCCACCCAGCCCAGCACCCUUUCACCCGUGGAGCGCCUGAAGAAGGCUGUGUCCACCAUGUGCCUCUACACGUCCCCACGGGACGAGGACAGCCCACGGGGGACCAGCCGGCUGCCCACCGUGCCCACCAGCCAGCCCAGUGCCAUGGGGAAGGUGGUGCAGGAGGUGCUGGAGCGGGCGCGGGAGGAGAGGUUUCGGUUCGAUCCGGCCGAUGUCCUCGAGGGCUGGGGAAGGGACGGGGAUGCGGGGAUGGCGCAGCACCAGCGGGGAGCAGAGGGGUCCCCCCCGGUGCCACCGUCACUGCGGCUGGUGCGGGGUGUCCCUGCGUGUCCCCAUCGCGGUGGUGUGGAUGCCCUGGCGCGCUGCGGAGGGGAACGGGAGCCAUCCCCGAGGCCAGCCCCAGCGGGGACACCGGUGGGUGCUGCUUGGGGACACCUGGAGCGGUCCUGUCCCCAUGGCGGGGGGAGCGGUGACAGCCCUGCGGGGCUGGCUCAGGGGGCCGGGGAUGCUCCGUGCCCCGUGGGAGCAGGACGGAUCAGCACGGAGGAGAACCAGCCAGACACUGCUGCGAAUGUCACCUCGUCCACGACGCCGGCUCCCAUGGCCCCCCACUCCGGCCAGAUAUGGGUCACCCCUGAGCACCCAGCGGGGCUGGGAUCCAAGGGGGACUCCGGCUUCGGCUCCGGCUCCUGGGGGACCUCGCCCAGGAGGAAGGCAGGGUACCGUGGGUGCCAUCCGGGUGACCCCCUGGACCCCGCUGGGGCACGUUCCCCCCCCGGCUCAGACACACCAAGAGCUGGAGGUCACCGGGCUCGGCGGAGCAGGGGCUGGCGCCGGGGGGGACCCCUGAGGGACGCCGGGGGGCAACAAGGCGAUGCACCGGGGCUGCAGACCCUUGGGAAGGACCCCUCGCCCCACCGUCCCAGCUGGCAGGAACCCGUGGACUCCUUCGAGAUGGAAGAGGUGCUGAGCGCCAGUGAGGAGGAGGAGGAUGAUGAUGACGGCGAUGCCUGUGAAGAAGCCGUCCGGUCCCUCCAUCCCUCCAUCGGGAUCCGAAGAAGCUUCAUGCUGCACACCAGCAGCGGGCAGUCCGACAGCAGCGGCUUCGUGGAGGAGCCGGUGUCCGGCCAGCCGCCUGCUGCCCGGCUCCACGGCACUGACGAGACGGCCUGAGGCCACCGCAGAGGGACCUGAGUUUGUCCCGGCACC